CAUUCAGACUUAGCCUCAUCUCAAGUUCAAUAAACAUUUUCACCUAUAGUAGAUGAAGUGAGGAGUGACUCUAAUCUCCUUGUAUCAACACAGAAUACAUCUGGAGACGUGUUUGAAGAAAGACAACUUCUGGAAACCCACACAUACUUUUUUUUUGUAUGGGAAUGCUCUGGAUCAAAACGUCUUUAUUGUUUACUUUUUAAUCCACAAGUCUCCGUCACUCUUUGACCAUGAGGCGCACAUAUCUGCUUACUCUGGGUCUUCUGUUUGUACUGAUAGAGGACAUCAUCAUGCAGGACUGCUCGAUUGGUUAUAAAAAACAAAAAGGAAAGUGUAUAGAUGAAGAUGAGUGUGAGCAGAAACUCAUUUGUGGAGGAAAUGCAAGCUGCUUCAACACUGUUGGUAGCUACUACUGUCAGUGUCACAAAGGGUUCAUACCAGAGGGUACUAAACCAACUGUUAAUUUCACACAAGCAGAUGGGAUUCAGUGCAAAGACAUCAAUGAAUGUGUAGAGACUGAUUGUGGCUCUAAUGCAACAUGUGUGAAUACUGGAGGAGGUUAUUAUUGCACAUGUGAAUCUGGCUUCAUUUCCAGCAGUGUAAACAAUACAUUUUUAGCAGGACUAGGAGUUCAGUGUGAUGACAUCAAUGAAUGUGGGGAUGAAAACAUGGAUUGUGGCUCUAAUGCAACAUGUGUGAAUACUAAAGGAGAUUACCACUGCACAUGUGAGUCUGGUUUCAUUUCCAGCAGUGGAAACAAGACAUUUUUAGCAGGACUAGGAGUUAAAUGUGUUGAGUUUAAUUAUGAGACAUUUAAAAAGAAGAUCGCUGCGUUUGAGGAUAAUCCAGAGCUGGCAGAACUUGUCUUCUUGAUGAACAGCAGCUGCGAGGCACUAAAACAGAAUAAAUUUCAAGAUGGAGGAAAGCUUUUAGAGAAAUUUCUCAGUGCUUUAGAUGGUCUGCUUCAUAAUAAUGAUCAGUUGGAUAACAAGAAAGCCUCAUGGGUGUUUAAUAUUGUGGAAAUCAUGCUUAAACUGAUAGGACCUAUGCUGUCAAGAAACCAAACCAAGAGAUCAACCACUAGAUCUGAUGUGGAGCUGUUGGUAGAGAGGGACCGUAUUCCACCUGGCGGUCAUUUCAUGGUAUCCACAAAUGGCACACGAUUUACUUCCCACUGGAAGACAGCAACAGGAAAAGAAGACAUGGGCUUUACAACAGUGGCUCUCCUCAGCUACACAGGUCUGGAAGAAUCACUCAGCCGCUAUUUUAACCAUUUAGAGACACAAGAAAAGCAAACAUUCAAAAUCAAUUCAGAAAUAGUAACUGCCACUGUUAGCAAUGAAGACACAGCCAACCUGGAGAAACCAGUAAACUUCACGUUUUCGCACUUGAAGAAAGAGAACAUGAAUCACAUUUGUGUGUUUUGGGAUCAUGAUUUGGAUGGGGGCACGUGGUCGACCCGUAACUGCUCCACAGUGAGGUCCACUGCUGAUGAGACACUCUGCUCCUGUUCUCACCUCAGCAGCUUCGCUGUGCUCAUGGCUCUCUAUGACAUUGGGGACGUGUACGAGCUGCGUCUGAUCUCAUGGGUGGGACUGUCUCUGUCUCUGGUCUGCCUCCUCAUCUGCAUUAUCACAUUUUACGCUGUGCGAUCCAUCCAGAGCACACGCAACACCAUCCACAUGCACCUGUGCAUCAGCCUCUUCAUCGCAUACUUCGUGUUCCUCGUAGGCAUCACCCGCACUGAAAAUAAGGUUGGCUGUUCAGUGGUUGCAGGUGUGUUGCAUUACUUCUUCCUGGCCUCUUUCUGCUGGAUGUGUCUGGAAGGAGUUCAGCUCUUCCGCAUGGUGGUGCUGGUUUUCAACACCACACUCAGACACGUCUACAUGUUUGCUGCCGGUUAUGGAGUUCCUGCUCUUAUCGUUGCCAUUUCGGCCUCAGUGAAUGCAAGUGGAUAUGGCACCCCAAACUACUGUUGGCUCAACUUUGACGAUGGCUUCAUCUGGAGCUUUUAUGGGCCAGUUUGUAUCAUAAUUGUUGUUAACGUGUUCUUCUUCCUCAUAACAAUAUGGAAGCUGGCGGAGAAAUUCUCCUCCCUCAACCCAGACUUAGACAAUCUACGCAAAAUUAAGGCAUUUACAGUCACUGCCAUCGCUCAGCUCUGUGUUCUGGGCAUCAUGUGGGUCUUCGGCUGCUUUCAGUUUGACAGCAACUCUCUGGCAAUGUCCUACAUCUUCACUAUACUGGGAAGCCUGCAGGGGGUGCUCAUGUUCAUCAUGCACUGCUGGCUCGCCAAACAAGUGAGAGACGAAUAUGCCAAAUUCCUGUCAUGUAUUUGUGCACCACAGAAAAGGAAAUAUUCAGAGUUCAGCUCCAAUCAGACAAGCAAAUCACAGGCCUCAAAGAGUGUUCAGCACACUGGAGAAUCCCAGAUUUGACAGACAAUAUCAACAUACUGUUACUGCUGUCGUCUGCCUGCUUUCUGUGGGUAUGAUAAGAAUAUGUAUUUGUUUUUUUAUUUUUUCGGAGAAGUUUUCUUUACUUUAGGGUCAAUUUAAGGAAAAGAAAUAACAAUUAAGAAAUCUUUUUUUAUUGGACAUAGUAGCGUCGCUUCGAUUUUUUUUUCCGUGCUUUUCAAAAUUUGCAAGAAUUUCUCCUUUAUAACACAUUUAUAAACACCAUACAUAUUGUACUGUUCCAAACCUUACGGUUCUUAAGAAUGCUUCUAUUUAUUAAGGAUUAAAUUAUUUGGAUUAGUGUGUCCAGCACUCACUCUGAUCCCCCAAGCUCUGCGUUGGUUGGGGAAAUUCCAAAUUCAACCAAAACAAACCAUAACAAUUGACUUAAAAUUAGCAAUGAAAAUUCAGGAAAUGCAACUUGCAGAACUUGGGAAAUUAAAAAAUAUAUAAAAUAAAAAAAUUUAUUAAUUUAUUUAAUUAUUUGUUUUUAAUGUUUUAUAUACUCAGUUGAUUUUAAUAUUGUGAAAAAAAAUUAUUGAUUUACAAUGUCUUAUAUUUGAAUGUAGUUUACAUUUUAUUUAUUAGUGUGAUGCAAAUCUGAAUCUGAAGAGUCUUCACACGAUACUUAAAAAUCAAUUAAUAAUCUGAUUUGCUGCUCAAGAAACAAUGGGGAUUAUUAUAUCAGUACUGAAAAUAUUAACUAAUAAUAAUUAAUAAUAAAUUAUUAAUAAUUAAUAAUAAAUCUUUUUUUUCUGGAUGAGAAGAAAUCCAGUAAUCCCCCCUCCACCCCUACUCCUCCCUUUUCAUUGACAGGGCAGCACGGCGGCCCAGUGGGUACCACUGUUGCCUCACAGCAAGAAUGUCACUGGUUCAAGUCAAUACCUGGCCAGUUGAUAUUUCUGUGCAGAGUUUUACAUGUUCUCCCUAUGCUCACAUGGGUUUCACCCGGGUUCUCCAGUUUCCUCCCAUAGUCCAAAGACAUGCGAGGUGAAUUGACCAAACCAAAUUGGCACCAUAGAUGAGCUCUUAAUCAGCAGUAUUACUCUCCAUAGCAAUCUCUAAUUGCCAUAAGCUAUAAAUAAGCAGGGGAGUUCUCGAGACCUACCUGAGCUCAAACACCCCUCUCGCCCUGCAAACGUAAGGGAACCCUGGGCUUGAGGAUCUUAUGAGCUCAGUGCUCUCUCCCAGGACAGCAUGUCAAACACGCUUUAUAAUUAAUCAUCAUCUUUGAGCAGAAAAUGUGUUUUACUUUUUUAAUUUAACUUAUUUUUUCGUUUUUUACUUCUUUUUUUACUUUUUAUCAUAAUUAUUAUUAUUUUAUUUAUGUGGACUUAAACAAGCAACUGUUGUCAUAAAUGACCAAGCAAGCAAAAAAUUUUAUUUCUUUCCAAGACAUGAGAUUUAUUUAUGAAUGAAUGUAAAAUUGCUCUUGUUUAUCACAAGGCAUUAUUCUGCAUAAACAGGCUCAUGUUUAACAUGAAGAUUUAAUGUUGAGUGUUAGAUUUUGCACCUUUAUCCUUAUUUUUCUGCACUUUGCUUUAUCUGCCUGCCACUAUUUAAUGCUGAUUAAAUUUUAUCGUUGUUAUUGUUGUUUUUAUUAUUAAAAAGGUUAUUUGUAAAAUCCC